UGCAAUGCGGUCAAUAUAGGUAUACGCAGGCUGAAAUUUAUAUUUUAGUGUGUAGUUUUAUUUUCAAAUCCAUUUUUUGUGUUUAUAUAUGCAUUCGUUAUUUAUUUAUUCAUGUAUUAUUUAUGUAUUUGUUCCCUAUUACAAACGAACAGAAUUUUUUUAUCUUCACCAUGUCACGAGCGUCUGCUUGUGAAGCAUCAGUGAUUAUUAAUAAAAAAUAUAACAAAUAACAAACGUGAUAUAAUGAUGAAGAUGAUGAUGAUGAACCAGAAGUAAAGCGUGGUGGGUGGUAUUGUGCUGCUCCACGCACAUCACAUGCCCCCUAGAUGAUGCUCUGGGUGGGUUGUCGCGGUGUAUUGUGGGCAGUUUUUGGUCUAAGCGGAGCACAGUUCGUCAUCCCCAGGAAAGAUGGCUGCUUCGAGCACUACAGCGGGUCUCCCAGCAGCUCCCGGUCCUGGUUUUGCGGUGCUUUGCUCUUUCCUGGAGCGCUACGGGUCUGCUCUGGAUCUGCCCGAGCUGACGUUCCCUCAACUGGAGCGGUACUUACAGGACACAUCAGUGGUUCCUCCACCUUUGAUUGAGCUUCAUGUCAAACUACUGCGUAAAAUUGGCAAGAGUGUCACACCGGACAAAUGGGAGAAGUAUCUUAUGAAGGUGUGCCAGGAAUUUAACAGUACCUGGGCUUGGGAGCUGGAGAGAAAAAGCUAUGCUGAAAUGACCGUUGAGUCUAAGACUGAGAUUUUAAAGUACUUGUGUGAAUGCCAGUUUGAUGACAAUCUCAAGUUUAAGACAUUAGUUAAUGAGGAAGACCCAGACAAGAUGCGUCUGCAGCCCAUUGGUAGAGACAAGGAAGGCCUUUUAUACUGGUUUCAGUUAGAUCAAGAUCAGAACGUGCGUGUUUACGCCGAAGAACAAGAUGACACGGAUGGGUCCUCCUGGAGAUGCAUUGCAAGGACAAGAAAUGAUCUUGCAGACACACUUGAACAGCUGAAAGCCAAGAUUGACUCAUCUGUCAACCAAGAGGGGCUAGAUGGUCAAACUAGCCCAAAAACAGAGAGAGAUGAUUUUAAAGGUGAAGCUGAAGACCUGAAAAACUGUGCAUCAGGACAAAUGGACUUAACUAACAGCAUCAACCAUUCUAGAGAUAUUGGGUUAAAACCGGAAAGCGUUAAACGAGAAACAUCACCCGAUGCUGUUAAACCAGACCGAGAGGUCAAAGAUGAAGUUGAAUUAAAAGAAACUGUAAUAUCCAAGCCCAAAUCAGAGCCAAUCCCAGUUAUAGACAACAGAGUCAGCACAAUAAAAGUCCUUGUCAAAGAAGAGGUGAAGGAUUCUCCCAGAGCUUGGAAUGCCAUAUCCGUUGUCAUGCCUCCAUCUUCCAUCGCACAGGAAAAGCCAACGCAGGACAACAGUAAAGAGAUGAAGUUUGAAAAUGUGACCAGAGCUAUAAAGAGCGAUCAACAAGCUAAAAUCCCCCUGAAGAAAAGAGAGUUGAAAAGAAGUGAAGGUUAUGACAUCAGCAAUCACUACAGCAAUGUUAAUCAUAACAACAAUAACCUUAACACCAAUGGUAGCAUCAGUACCGGAGGUAUAAUCGUUCGCAACCCUGCCGUAUUACCGGUGAAGGAGAACAUCAGGAGUGAAAACCCCACUGAGAAGGUUUCCACUACCGGUGUCCACCAAGACCUCAACAUUACAUCAUCCUGUGGAAAUGAGACAUCAAGCGUGACGUUCCAAAAGACAAUACGAGAACAAUACGUCGGUGUUGGAGUAAUCAAGGGUCCUCUUGAGCUAAAGAGGUCAUUGAUUGAAAACGAUAAAGCAGCGGACAGAAACGGUCUUCAUGGAAAUGGAGUGAUCUUGAAGCCUGGCGCUGGGGAUGCCGAUGGUGUCAGACAGUCUGUCCUUGUCGGGAAAUCUGUGAUUAAAACAGACAACGGUGCAGUUACUUGUAGUGUCCCAGAUGAAUUACCUUCCGAAGAUGUUAGCAAGACGUCUGGUAAAGCAUCAGACCUUGUUGAGCAUGAAUCUCCCAAGAUUGAAGAUGUGGAGGAAAACAAAAAUGAGAAAUCUAUCAAAAUAAAGAACAGCAACUCAGACAGAAGAAAAACUGAUAAAACAACAGAGAAAGAAAGUAAAGAUAAGGCUCUGAAAAGCCCAAGAAAGAGGAGCUUAGAAAAGAGCAAAUCCAAGCUACACAGAGGAGAAGAGGGAGAAGAGUCCUCUUCCAAAAAGGUGAAAGGUGAAACGCAUGGACACUAUGAUGACGAAGAGGUAUCUUCAGAACUUCAGAAGGAAGGGAUUCGUCUGAAGAUUAAGAUCCCGCUUCACAGACGUACUCCUGAACUCCAGCACAAGGACGUUGAGUCAGAAACCGGCAAUCGACGGUCCCUACGAAGAUCUCCAAGAAUCUGCAAGCCCAGCCCCAAGGCGGCAGAUAUCCGGAAACAAGACAGGAAACUUACAGCCUCCUCUACGGCUCAAGAUGAAGACGAACAUAUGAAAGAUGAAGAGGCCAAAGUACAGCCCAAAAAAGUGGACGUGGAAGGACAGACCAAGUCACUGAAGGCCAAGCGGCGACACAGGCGGACCCGUUGGUCGAAAAUUCGUUCUAAAAACUGCAAAUCCAAAGAAGCUCUGCCGGAGGACGAGGAUGCGGGUGAUGACAAAGCUACGAAUGACGAGGACAACAAAUCGGAGAGAGGAGACGAUAAGACCGAGACAGAUUCGGAUGGAUCGAAUGAGCUUCCGCCUGAAGAUGCUUGUAAACAUUGUGGUCUCGCCAACCACCCGGAACUGAUUCUUCUGUGUGACAUGUGUGACAGUGGUUAUCACACAGCCUGUCUGAGACCUCUUCUUAUGAUCAUUCCUGAUGGAGAAUGGUUCUGUCCUCCCUGCCAGCAUAAGCUUCUCUGUGAGAGGUUAGAGGAACAGCUUCAGAAUCUGGACACUGCUCUGAAGAAGAAAGAGAGAGCUGAACGCAGGCGUGAACGCUUAGUGUAUGUGGGCAUCAGCGUGGAGAACAUUAUACCAAAUCCAGAUGGUGAUGCAGAAGACAGUUUGACAGAGAAGAAAAAAGAUGCCAAGAAGAUUAAGAAUCUGGGACGCCGAUCGACCAGGACGAGGAAAUCUAUCAGUUACAGGUUUGAUGACUUUGAUGAAGCCAUCGAUGAAGCGAUUGAGGAAGAUCUUCAAGAUGAAGCAGGUGCUGGACGUGAUACACAUGCGUCGACUGUCACGGCUCAACAGCAGAACGUGGUCAGCCGUGAAAGUCGCCGUUCUGUGAAGCCCCUCGCACCACGCAAGAGGAAACGCCGGCGACUUAACGAUUUGGAUAGCGACAGUACGGUGGAUGAGGAGGAGAGUGAGGACGAGUUUCAGCUCAGUGACAGUAUGGAGGAGGAGGAGUUUGUGGUUUCCGGAGAAGAGGAUGAUGCUGACGUGGGCUCUCGUGAGGGCAGUGAAUGGGGCAGCGCUGAGAGUGACACUGGUAAUCAACCGAGAUCCAGAAGAACCAGCAGAACCACACACACGCAAAGAGCCAUGAGGAGCAGACGCAGACUUUACAACAGACGGAGAGGCUCUUCAGAGGAGGAAGUGUUGGACACAGAUGAGGAAGAGGAGGAGGAAGAGGAAAUGGAAACAGAAGGAUCGAAUGAGUUCAGCGAGAGUGACGUGGACACGAGCAAAAGACGUCCUCGGCGCCGUCAGAACUCUUUUGUCAACUACUAUGAAACUUCAGAAUCGGAGGGAUCACAAAAAGCGUCCAAUCAGAAGAACCCAUCUCUUCUUCACCGUCGCCGAUUAUCCAGCUCCAACAGUGAAGAGUCCAUACUUUCUAAAGACUCGGAGCCAAAGCCCCUGCAGAGGAGAGACAGAGGACAGAGGAGCGCGUCUAAGAGGAACGACUCCAAACAGAGACACAAACGGCUUAAACAGAGACAGCAGAGAAGCUCAAGUGAGGAAGAGGAAGAAGGAGAAACAGAGGGGUCUGAUGAAGACCAGCGACCUCUACGCAAGAGAUCAAACCGCAUAGAAACAGACGAAGAAGAGGAAGAAGGCUUGGGGCACAGAAAGCAUAAUACACGAGGAAAGAUCAUUGAGGACUCCAGGUUGAAGCACACAGCCAGAAACAGCGCAGGGCCCCGGGGUCCCUCCAGGCACAAUGGCCUGGUCCCUCUGAGGGCCACAGCUCAGGAUGAUGAGGAUGAGGAUGAAGAUGAGGAAGAGUUUACUGGAGUCACGGACCUUGUUAACUUUGUUUUUGACAGUGAACAAUUGUCCUGAUACAUUUCUUUUCUCAUCGCUAGAAUGUUCCUCAUCGGCCGCCGUAGUCUUCAGUUUUUUCUGGUGUAGUGGACCAAAGCAUUCAGAGAUGUUUGAAUGCACUGUGUUUCUUCACGUCAUCCGCAUGCAUCCCCGGGUGUAGAACAGGGUCUCCUUAAUACUACGCUAACAGAUCCUCAGAGUAAAGCACUUUGUCAUUUUGGCCAGUAAGAUUUCAUUUGUAUAAAGAGGCCGAUGUCCUCCUGUAGAUACACUGGCCGAAUCGCAUCUGACGCUUUAAAUGUUACGUGCAUUUCAAACUAGUGUUUUAAGAGUUUCCUGUACAUAUGUUUUCCUGUUUGUUAUACAUUUGUUGAAGUUGGGAAAGGGGUGUUAAUAGAUGUUAAUCCAGGAUGCUAAAUCUUUGCCUUUUAGCAGUACAAUAAUAAUUCAGUAGAAAUCUUAAAGGGAUAGCUGUCACAAAAAUGAAAUGUCCUCGUAUGACUUUCAUUCUUCUGUAGAUCACAGCAGAUGGUCUUUUCUGCUCUCUUUCCAUACAGUGAAAGUAAAUGAUGACCAGGACUUACAAUAAAGUACCAUAAAUGAGUCUCUAUACAACAUUUUACGCCUGGUUAUUUCAUUGUAUGAAAAAGAGGAGUUGUCUUAUUGCGUUCUAUAGAAGAAAAAAAAUCAUACAGGACUGAUAUUAAGGUAAGUAAAAGAUGACAUUGUCUCCAUUUUUGAGUGAAUUAUUAUUUUUAACUAUUUAGUAGGACCAUUUUAUAAACAAACACAGGAGCCAACUUUACAGGCAAACUGGAAAUGAUCAUAAUAUUAAAAGUUUGCAGCUUAACUGAGAGACUACUAAAAUUUAACUUUUUUAAAUUAGGACAUUUCUGUACUUGAAGUUAGUUAAACCUCAGCAUCGAGUCAUUUGAUAUCCCUUUAAAGUCAUUUGUUAUGAAGGUUGAACCUAUCUGAGGUUGAUGUGCCUCUGUUGUUCUGUAUGCACUUGUUGUUGAAGCACCUUUGAUUGUGUCGACGGCUCAAUUCGACAUGGCAGGCUGGAUCUAAAAGAAGAUCUCCUAAAGGAGUUUCGGUAUUUAAUUUCAAGCUGGUGUUCUUCAUCCUGUAGACUGACUGAAUAAGAACACUACGAACGCAUUCCAGAAAUGUUUGCCUUAUAAAACUAUUUCAAUAUUCAACAACCCCAUAAGCACUAGAUUUAUGCUGGCCUCGGCUUUUAGUUAAAGAAUGUGUUUUCGGCUGUAUACUACUGGAAUUUAUGUUCUUUUUAUUAUUUUAUGUUUUAUCUUUUAUUAUCCAGAUGUAAGUCUCCAUAUUUUAAGAAAACUAUCCACAAAAAUAAAUUUAAUGUUCCUGUU